CCCAAGGACAUCAGAAUGAGUGACAACACUGCUUUGGCUCCUCCAGCUUCAAACCAGGGUCCCACUACCCCACGCAAAGGGCCCCCCAAGUUCAAGCAGAGGCAGACUCGCCAAUUCAAGAGCAAACCUCCUAAGAAAGGGGUGAAAGGGUUUGGAGAUGACAUUCCAGGCAUGGAGGGGCUAGGAACAGAUAUCACGGUGAUUUGCCCCUGGGAGGCGUUCAGCCACCUGGAAUUGCAUGAGCUUGCUCAGUUUGGGAUCAUCUGAUGCACCUGAGGUUCUGCCACUUUCAACAGCAUCUGCUGUAAUUUUGCUUACUUUUGCCCUAUUGAUCUGCCAGAGUCUUGAAAUUCAGCUGUUCGGAAGUGGUUUCUUCAGCUUACACAGUCAUUUCCCCCUAAAUUGCUAUGAAGAGUUCUCUUGGUGUGAGAUUCUCUCUUGCCCUAUAGUUCAGCUCAGAACAAUGGAUGCAAAUAGACUUUUGUUAGGACAUUUCAAAUUUCCUAUCAGCUGGUUAGAAUUCAGUGAUAGUUCUUGAAAUUUUGUUUAUCUGUUAAGUCCUUCAAAUUUAGUUUUUGCCAGGCAGUCGCUACAAUUAAUAGUAGUUUUUAAGAUAACAUUUUUUCACCCCCCCCUUCCCCUUCUCAUUUAAUAAAGGAGAUACUUACCUUGAAUCUUAUGAUGAAGUCGUAUUAAAUGCUAUAUACAAAUAUCUGAUGCCCUCUUCUGAAAGUCAGUUCAGCAAAGAGGGCACAGUCGUACAGGAAAUAAACACAAUGCAUGUAAAAGAGCAUAGGAAUAAAGUCAAGUUCUGAUUCCACUUUGUAACUUGUAAAUCGUACAUUUUCUGUGUCUAAAUUUGGAGACGGAAACUCAGGAAUCUGUUAACGUGAACCUUCCUUUUAGUGUCCUGGCUCAGUUCAUUGAAAAUAUUUAUAUGUUACGGAAUUUAGACUCAGA